UAAUAUACCACACAUAACAUUAAUUUUUUUUUUAAAAAAAGUUUUUUUUUUUUUCUUUUCAUAACAUUUUCAUUGCCCAAAGCCAUCACCUACCUUUUUUCCUUUCAAUUCUUUUUAAACCCCUCCCCCCUCCAUAAAACACAACUAGCUCACACACAUUGAGCCACAACACAAAAAACUCACAACACACACACUCUCUCUCUAAAAACAAAAAACAAAAAACAAAAAUGGUCGCCCAUCGGCGAUUCGAGCCGAUCACAAGAUGUAGCUGCGAUGGCCGGUCGAACCAAACCGUUGCGGCCGACUUAGACGGCACUUUACUCCGGUCGAGCAGCGCAUUCCCUUACUUCAUGCUCGUCGCGUUGGAAGCCGGCAGCUUGAUUCGCGCCUUGCUACUCCUCGCCUCGGUGCCCUUCGUGUAUUUCGUGUACGUGUUUGUGUCCGAGUCCCUGGCCAUCGAGACGCUCGUGUUCGUGGCCUUCGCGGGCCUGAAGGUCCGCGACAUCGAGCUCGUGGCCCGCUCCGUGCUGCCCAAGUUCUACGCCGAGGACGUCCGGCCCGACGCGUGGCGCGUGUUCAACUCCUUCGGGAAAAGGUACAUCGUCACGGCGAACCCGAGGAUCAUGGUCGAGCACUUCGUGAAGAGCUACCUCGGCGCGGACAAGGUGCUCGGGACCGAGCUCGAGGUCACGAAAUCGGGCCGGGCCACGGGAUUUGUCCUGAGGCCCGGCGUGCUCGUCGGGGACCACAAACGGACCGCCGUCGUUAGGGAGUUCGGAGACGACGUGCCGGAUGUUGGACUCGGCGAUAGGGAGACCGAUCACGACUUCAUGUCUGUAUGCAAGGAGGGAUUCAUGGUAGCUCGAACCAAAACCGAGGCAUUGGCGAGAAACAAGCUUCUCGCCCCAAUCAUCUUCCACGAGGGGCGUCUGGUGCAACGCCCGACGCCCCUCGUGGCAUUGGUCACGUUCCUGUGGAUGCCGAUCGGCAUCCUCUUAGCCCUAGUGAGAGUCUACCUCAACAUCCCGCUCCCGGAGAGGAUCGUGCGCUACACCUACAUGAUGCUCGGCAUCAAGCUGAUCGUGAGGGGCACCCCUCCCCCGCCGCCCCGACCCGGCCACGGCGGCGUCCUCUUCGUGUGCAACCACCGCACCGUCCUCGACCCCGUGGUCACCGCCGUGGCGCUGGGGCGGAAGAUCAGCUGCGUGACCUACAGCAUCAGCAGGUUCUCGGAGCUGAUCUCCCCCAUCAAGGCGGUGGCGCUGUCGCGGGAGCGCGACCGCGACGCCGCCAACAUCAAGCGGCUUUUGGAGGAGGGCGAUUUGGUCAUUUGCCCCGAGGGGACCACGUGCCGCGAGCCGUUCCUCCUCCGGUUCAGCGCGCUCUUCGCGGAGCUGAGCGACCGGAUCGUGCCGGUCGCGAUCAACACGAAGCAGAGCGUUUUCUACGGCACGACGGCGCGUGGGUACAAGGUGCUGGACCCGUACUUCGUGUUCAUGAACCCGCGGCCGACGUACGAGAUCACGUUCCUGAACGAGGUGCCGGCGGAGCUGACCGUGAGGGGCGGGAAGACGGCCAUCGAGGUGGCGAACUACAUACAGAGGGCGGUGGGGGGAACGCUAGGGUUUGAGUGCACGAAUCUGACGAGGAAGGAUAAGUAUGUGAUGAUGGCGGGAACGGAUGGGCGCGUGCAGGGGAAGAAGGAGAGUGAAGAGGAGAAGAAGAAGUGAGCAAAAUCAUUUAAUUAUGGGAUUUUUAAUUAUGUUUUUUUUUGGUGGGAAUUUUUAUUUGAUGUUGUAGGGAGAAAAUUAAGUUUGUGGGUUGUGGAGGCCGGGAUCAUGCAUGGCUCAAGAAAUAACACUCAUCAUCAAUAUGUAUAUUGUUCUUAUAUAUUUUUAAUUAAGGGAUUGAUUAAUACCUAUUUUGAAUCA